AUGUCUCUUGGAAGCCUUCCCGUCGAAAUUCUAGAACAAAUCGUGGACGAAACCCUCCCUGAAGGGUUUGAGAGUUUCGCUCUGACUUGCCGUGAUAUUCAUGCGAUCUGCAAGCCGUUCAUCCAACAACACAAGGAACUUCGCACCCAAUGGGAUGAUUUCUACUACCCGAAGUUUAUCGACAUCGGUGGAGGAUCCAUGCAUGAUGCAUUCCGUGUAUUAGAGGCCAUGGCUGCUGAGCCCAAGAUCGUGCGAUACAUUCGCCAUGCUGACUUCACCGGGGAUCCUUGGAGCCGGUACACAAGACCACCCGAGGAGUCGUUCUGGGAACCUGGUGCGGAUGGGCCUUACCGCCCAGAGAUAUACUCUCUCCUGACUUCUUCUUCCAAUCUCAGAAUUGCGGAACUCGAUCCAUGCGAGUAUUACAGACAGAUGUUCAAUGAUCUGAAGAGUGGCCGACCCAGGAGACCAAUGCCCUUUUCUCAGCAUGCAUUCACGUUCUUGUUGACGCUGUUGCCAAACCUUCAAACCAUAAAGCUUCCGGGUAUGUGGGCACCUACGGAGGAGACAACAAUACUACUUAGCAUGAUUGCAAAUCAUGCCAAUUCAUCCCUUGGCUCGAAAGCUGAUAUAAGUCUUGCGCGACUGACGAAGAUCAAAUUAAUGCAUGUCUCUGGAGGGCCAAAGCUGCUCAAGUACGUCCGCCCCUUUACGGCUCUCCCCAGUUUGGAUACAUUCGAGAUGCACUACGGCCUCGCUACACCGUCAAAUUAUGGAGAUUUCCCUCCAAAGCAAUUCCGUCUUCAUAAUUCGAGUGCACUAGUCGACCUCCGAUUAUAUUCGUGCAAUAUCGAUCCCAUGUCAUUAUCGGAUUUUCUCCUGGGCGCCCCGUGCCUCAAGUGCUUGAAGUACAGCCAUACGUAUUUUGAAGCUGCCCCGAGAGUUUGGGACAUCAGCAAAACUGUCGCCGUCAUUGCAUCUCGCACAGCUCGGUCUCUCGAGAGACUUUCCCUAUCGACUUCGAAUUUUCACGGGAUGAUUCUGCCGGGACAGCCAAACUUUCGCGACUUCACACGUCUCACAAGACUCACAUUCCCCCCGGAACUCAUCCAAAACAUUCCAGACCACUCUGAGCUAGCACAGGAGUAUCUAGGCGGUAAUGAACUCGUGACUGGGCCUGGAGACAUUGCAUCACUGCGAAUCGGUGCAUUGCUGCCCAGAUCUCUGUGCCGUUUGAAGCUGGUCUCUAAUACAAUGAAUGAGCAUUUCUCAACUCUCGAAGUCGUCCUCAAAGACUUCGCCUCCCAGAAAAUGGUGGACCUUCCGAACAUCCGCCUGUUGAAGAUCCAAGGUAACGUUCGCGACGUCAAAAAGGAAGAUUUUCGCAAAUCCUGCUGGGACAUUUUUUCUGAUUGCAAGGACAUUGGCGUUGCAUUUGUGGCUCUGGACCAAACUUUGUGA